UUUGUGUAAUUUGUUGCAAAAUAAAAAAAUGAAUGAAGAAACUAAACACAACAGCGAAAUGGUUGAAAAACACAUAAAGGGGAAAAUUAUAAAGAAACCUAAGGUAGUGAUCGAUUACAAUACAGGGAAGGCGUCAAUUGAUCUCUCUGAUCAAAUGAGUUCUUACUCAAACCCUCUUAGACGUAGCUUAAAGUGGUACAGGAAAGUAGCUUUAGAUGGGCUCUUAAAUAUAGCAGUAGUUAACUCUCUUGUGUUAUUUAAUAAAGUUGUAAAUUCAAAUAUGUCAAUAACUAAUUUCCAAACUUCUUUAGUUGAACAGUUAAUAAAAAAAAAAACCAUUUUUAUAAAUCCACCUACUAUCAAACACCAACUAGAAAAAACUGGCAAAAGCAGAUGUUUUAUAUGUUACUCAGUCAUGUCCUCUGAAAAAGAAAGAAAAUACGCCCAAUCUCACAGUCUUAAAGUACAAACUAAAUGCCUAGCCUGUAACAAAUAUUAUUGUACACAAUGUUUUAUCAAGGAUCACAAAUUACAAAAUAACUAGAUAGUAGU